GUAUGUUCCGGAAAGUAGAGAGACCUCUGGUCUGAAACCGUUCGGAGAGAGGCGGAGUCUUUCUGCCUGGGACUGUUCGGAAAAGGGCGGAGCUUAUCUCUCAUCAGGACCAGUCUGGCUGCACCUGCAUCUUUAGCUCAGAGCAUCCCUAGAGCAUCUUAGGUGGACCCGCAGCUGGCACGGUGAGGCCAGGCCAUCGCAGGAGAAGUCUUCCUUCUCCGUUCCCCUUAUCGGCAUCUUGCAGCUGCGGCCUUUGCACUAACAGAGGGGUGCGGGAGUUCUCGGGAAGCUGGGAACCCAUUUACAGCAAGUGCUGCUGAUUACGCCAUGGCCGAGAUCACCAACAUUCGACCCAGCUUUGAUGUCUCCCCCGUGGUGCUGGGGCUCAUCGGGGCUACCGUACUGGUGGUGUCUGUGUCUGUGACAGUCUUUGUCUGGACCUGCUGUCACCAACAGGCUGAGAAGAAGCACAAGACACCUCCUUACAAGUUUAUUCACAUGCUCAAAGGCAUCAGCAUUUACCCUGAGACUCUCAGCAACAAGAAGAAAAUCAUCCGUGUGAGGAGAGACAAAGGCGGUCCCGGGCAGGAAGGUGGACGAGGGAAUCUCUUGGUGGACGCGGCCGAAUCGGGUCUCCUAACCCGAGAGAAGAGUCCUGGGGUACUGAACACGAGCCCUUGUAUAGACCAACUCCCCAUCAAGGUGGACUAUGGUGAUGAACUGAGCCCAGUUCAGAGCCUGACCCCCGGGGGAAGCAAAACAGCUUCCCCAUCCUCCCCAGAAGAAGAUGUUAUGCUGGGGUCCCUUACCUUCUCAGUAGACUAUAAUUUCCCUAAAAAAGCCCUGGUAGUGACAAUCCAAGAGGCCCAUGGCCUGCCAGUGAUGGAUGACCAGACCCAGGCUUCUGAUCCCUACAUCAAAAUGACCAUUCUUCCAGAUAAGCGACACCGGGUGAAGACAAGGGUGCUACGCAAGACACUGGAUCCCGUGUUCGAUGAGACCUUCACUUUCUAUGGCAUCCCCUACAGCCAGCUGCAGGAUCUCGUGCUGCACUUUCUGGUCCUCAGUUUUGACCGAUUCUCCCGGGAUGAUGUCAUCGGUGAGGUCAUGGUACCGCUGGCUGGGGUGGAUCCCAGCACUGGCAAAGUUCAGCUGACCCGGGACAUCAUCAAGAGAAAUAUCCAGAAGUGUAUUAGCAGAGGAGAGCUGCAAGUAUCCCUGUCCUACCAGCCGGUGGCACAGAGAAUGACAGUGGUGGUCCUUAAAGCAAGACACUUGCCAAAGAUGGAUAUCACCGGUCUCUCAGGUAAUCCCUACGUCAAGAUGAACCUCUAUUACGGCAGGAAGCGCAUUGCCAAGAAGAAAACCCACGUGAAGAAGUGCACUUUGAACCCGGUCUUCAACGAGUCCUUCAUCUACGACAUCCCCACCGACCUCCUGCCCGACAUCAGUAUUGAGUUCCUCGUCAUCGACUUCGACCGCACCACCAAGAACGAGGUGGUGGGGAGGCUGAUCCUGGGGGCCCACAGCGUCACGGCGGCCGGCGCGGAGCACUGGCGAGAGGUCUGCGAGAGCCCCCGCAAGCCGGUGGCCAAGUGGCACAGUCUGAGCGAGUACUAAUCCCCAGCCCUCGCCCCCCAGCCCCGGGGGUGGGGUGGGAGAGGAUCGGAGGGAGGGGCGGUGAUGGAGAGAGGCGGACUCAAACCUCAUCUUAGUCUUAGGAAAAACUUUCGUACAAAACACAACCCACGAAGGACAGACACCUUACUCGACCCCAGCAACAGAUUGAUUCUUUGGCUCCUAGCAAUGAGGAUUUUAUUUUUCCUUUUUACAAGGCACUAGAAAUUCAAAAAAAUAAAAAAUAAAAAUAAAAAAAAAGGAAAAAGGGGGAAAAAUGAGGAAAAAAGCGGGAAAGACCCCAUACGUCUAUAUAUAACAAUGUAACCACAUAAUUGCAUGUCUAAUACAAACUGAAUCGAUUAGUGUAACUUCCAAUAUCCAGUUACAGAUUUUUAAUCCAUGAAAAAGUCGUGUUCUGUGCUGAAUUGUGUUUGCUGAGGUUCACCUGAAACUAGCCUCUUUUUACCAGGCUUCUCUGAAGGGUGUUGUGGUUUGUUUGGUUGGUUUUUUAAUUCCAAAUUUUGCCGUUGAACACCUCAUCUCAUCCACCAUCUUGGUCUCGGUCUCCUUUCCAGCCUCUCUCCAGGAAAUGGGAGAGGUCCCGGGCUGCUGCCUCACCAAGGAAUAAGCCAAAAGCUAUAAAGUCUGCCCUCACCGAGAAAUGGAGGCGGGGCUGGGCAGGAGAAAGGAUUCUGUUUCUUUUUGUUCUGUUUACCAGUAAUAAGAAAAAUCUAGCUAACUGAGCUGUGGGGAUGGCUGACAGAUGCUGUCCCUUGAAUGGGCCUGACCUGCUGGAAGCUGGGUUUGUGACUCAGCCAGACUUUCCCCUUAAGGAACAUGGAGGUGUCAGUUCAGAGGAUCUCUUAGGGCAAAAGGGGAGAGGGAAGGGAAGGGAAAUCCAAAGGGCCAGGACCCAAAGAGAAUGAGAUUUACGUAAUGAUCCCCAAAUAUUCAGGCUCUUUCUAGCUGAGAAGGAUGAGGGAAAGGAGGAGAGAAAGACACUUGCCUGCCCAUUUUGCUGCUAUAUACAGAAGUCAUCCAGACUAAAAUCUGAGUGGUUUAAGGCUUAGAUGGGCUGGUCUAUGGUUUUUCCAAACAUUGUCCAAGGAAUUUUUCUGGAAUGGCCUAAAGCCUUAUUUGGAGGUUAACUUUUGUUCCCUAAAGGAAGAUAUUCUUAGAAAUGACUCUCUUCCUUGAAGUUUCAAUGAUUGCCCUUAGGAAGAAAAUGAUGGUGAUGAGGAUGUAAAGAGUAAUAAUAAAAGCUCAAAUCCCUAACUUUCCAAGUCAAAAAGUGCCAUCCUCAGCAAAAGGUAUGUUGCCAUCAUCCUUGGAUUUCUUUAACACCUUUUCCACCCUCCCCAACCCCAAAGGUACAAAGUACAUGUAUGACCUCACUGAGUUUCAAAACUUCCAGGGGCACUGGGGGUGAUUUAGAGAUUUUAAUCAGUUUCUUCUACACAGUAAAAUAGGGGCUCUUGAGAAAUUCGGCCACUUGUCCAGAGUCCAGAUCAGUGGUUGAACUGGGAAGAGAAUUCAGGUCUCCUAUCUUCCAGCCCAAUGAUUUUUUCCUUAGUUUUCUGAGGAUUUAGACAACUGCCUCUGGGGGAUAGCCUGAAUAUUAGUGGAACUCAAAUUGCCACAUAGGGCAUCCCUCAGCCUACAAAAGGAAUCAGCCCCGUGACAGCCUGAGCCAGGAUCCUGAUGAUCUUCCUUUAUUAUACCAGUGAGGUACCACUAUACUUAAAAAGUUCUUCCCGAUUUGCUUCCAAGGAGGGCUACAGAAGUCAGAUGGCUUAUCAAAGGAUGUACAUCUUGCCUUGAACCUUCCAGGUAGUUCUGUAGACAAUUAAAAAAAAAAAAAAAAAUCCUCAUGCUUCCUAAAAAUAAAGAAUCCCUUGUAGGUUUUUUUUUUUUAAUCCCAUCUCUUAAAAAUCUCUUUUUUGAAUAG